AUGUUAGGAAGCCUUGGGUUAAUGUUGGUAACAUUUGUCAUUUGGACAAUAUUGUCGGCUAUAAAUGAACAAACACAUCAUGAGAAUAAAUCAUUAGGCAGAGGUAUCGUGGCAGUAAUGUAUUUCCACUCAGGAUUUUAUCAUAUGUUAUCCCCCAUUGGUAAUACAUAUAUCAUGGAGGUUGUUCCUUAUACCUUAAGAGGUAAGGCUGCACUAGUGUAUUCAGUGAGUUCACAGGCCUGGGUUUUGUUUAACAAUUACGUCAACAACCUUGGAUUGGAUUCCAUUUCAUGGAAAUAUUAUAUUGUAUUUUGUGUUUUCUUAUUUUUACACAUGGUCGUCAUCUACUUUUUUUUUCCUGAAACAAAGGGAUUGGGUUUGAAGAAAUUGCCCAGAUAUUUGGGGAAGAUAUUUCUGAUUUGA